AUGUUCAAGGACCUGGAUCCAUUCGAAGAAGGAGUCGUCGGCAGAUUCCUCGAUGUAGACUUCUUCAGUGAGCUCAUGACCGUCCCUCGUAUGGGCCGGGCAAUGCACCAGCAGGCUAUGAGCAGCUUACUGCAACACUGGGAGCUGACCCGCGAUGGGUACUUCUCCAUGUUUGGCGCCUUUGCUGCAGCCAAAUCGAUCGAGAUGCCGGCGUAUGAUCAUGAGAAGAAUCUCCAACGAGGGACACGAGCACUUAAGCAGUUCCGCCUCAUGCAAUGCCCGAGUGUAACUUCAGAAGUCACUCCGUGGCUUUGGCUUGGUAUUUCCGUUCUGAUCUAUGCGCAUUGCGGGCUGGGCAACUCUGGGACUACUGUUCGACGAUACAUCCUUCAGCACCUGCUCGAGCUACGCCAGCAAGGACAAGACUACACUUCGCACCCAGGGGUGAUCUCUCUCAUCGCUCUUGACAUCUUCGAGUGUUUGAUUCAUCGUAGAAUGCCCGUGUUGAACAUGCCACUGCGUCAGAAUGUUGGAGCUGAUGCAUUCUUGGGUGUAUGUGCCCCGUUGGUGCGACUGUGCUGCGACUUGGCUACGUUGAGCUACAACUGGCAAGACGGGAAUUUCGACGAGGAUGUACUGGCUGGAUUCGAAGCUGCCGUGGAUUGCUGGCAGCCAACGUUGUCGCCGGACUGGUACGAAGAGGCCUCCAAGAUUGAGACCACACAUGUCCUAUCCCAAAUCCGUGUACACAGGGCCAUGUUACUCCUGUUCGCGCACCGAUUGAGGCACGCCUUUGGAAGAGAAGACGCAGCGGCAUCCCAGAUGGCUCACAGCAUCCUAUCUGAGCUGGACCUUGCUACCAUUGCCACACGCCAGCCUCCAAUGUGGACCAUGUCACCCUUUAUCGUUGCGGCAUUGGAGGUACCAGAUACCAAUGAAAGAUCGAAGGUUGUGCGCAAUGUUCCAAAGUAUGGCGACAAACUCUCGCCCAAGUCGCAGCGAAUGGCCGCAGACUUUCUACGGGCUUUCUGGACAUACCGAGACCAGCACGAUGGCUUCAGAUGGAUCGAUAUGCUGCAUUACUUCCCACCGCUGUGCCUAUACAUGUGA